AUGGUUGUUUUUCAUUGUGGUGGCUGUGGAGAAGCACUCAAAAAAAAUCAAGUCGAUAAGCACAUAGCCAGUACAUGUCGACGAGUAUCAUCACUUUCUUGUAUCGAUUGUGGAAAAGAUUUUACUUGUGAUUCAUAUAGAGAACAUAUAAGAUGUGUUACAGAACAGGAAAAAUAUGGUGGUUCUAAUUAUGUAGCACCAACAAAUAUGAACAAAGGUGAAAAGAAACAAAAUCAAUGGUUUGAAAUUGUUCAAUCAGCUAUUAAUCUUAAUUCGGGUAGUGCACAAGCAAAAAUUAUACUAAACAAACUUCAAUACUAUCCGAAUACACCACGAAAACGAGCAAAAUUUAUUAAUUUUGUUAACAACUCCAUUAAAGGCUUUUCACCCCGUGUCGUCGAAGAAGUAUGGUCUAUACUAGAAACUUUAUUACCAAAGCCUGGGAAUAAUGAAAGCAAUCAACCGAAAAAAGCUACUGCGGAAGAUCAAGACCAAAAUACAUCUGAAGUUCCAGUAAAAAAAGAUACUGAUACAUCAAAACCGAAACGUAAAAUCGAUGAAGAUAAUGAAGAAUCUUUAAAGAAACAAAAGACAAACGAUGAAAACGAAGUUGUUCAAGAUGAUAGCAAUCAAGCAGUACCAUUGAAUCCUCGCUUUGAAUGGUAUGAUGAAAUCAAACUUGUAUUAAGCAAAGCAACUGAUCAAACGCUUACUUUGAAUGCUUUAAAGAAAAAAGUUUUCAAACGCUACAGAAAAUUGAAGCCAAAACAAGAAAAAGAAGAUGAUUCUCUUUUUAAAAAGUUGGAAAAGAAAAUUCAACGUGCGCCAUUCAUUCAACAAGUUGAAGAAAAUGUGUAUCGUUUAUCUGAAUAA